AUGGCCGAUACUAAGAAGCCCGUUAAGAAAUCUUCACCUAUCAAGAAUGGUUAUCUUAUCCUCUAUAAUGCCGUGUCGGCCGCUCUCUGGCUCACCGUGUUAAGCCGCGUCGUCAUCGUCAAUCUGAAUAGCACUCCACAGGCGGUCUACCCUACUGUUGGCGAGUUUUGCAAGUGGACGCAGACGUUGGCUGGAAUGGAGAUUUUACACUCGCUACUAGGUGUCGUGCGCGCCCCGUUCUUUACAACCUUCAUGCAAGUCUUCAGCAGAUACGCGAUCGUGUGGGGGAUUACCGGAUUAUUCCCCGAGCUCGCCCUCGGAAGCGGUAACGGUGACGGUUACAGCAGCUUAGCGUACUCAUCGAUGCUAGUAGCAUGGGGUGUUACCGAAGUCAUCCGAUAUUCGUUCUUCGCAUUAUCGCUCUCGUCGGGCGGGCAACCACCUUCGAUACUGCACUGGCUGCGCUACCAUACUUUCUUUAUUCUGUAUCCUAUAGGUAUUUCCAGCGAAGCUUACCUGAUCUGGCGCGCCGUUGAGCCUGCCAAGGACGGUGUAAGCCCGCUAUACUCAACCGUACUUUUUGGAUACGUCGCGUUGGUUUACCCACCGUCUGCGUAUUUCUUGUAUACGCACAUGAUGGCUCAGAGACGAAAGAUUUUCGGGACCAAGACACAAAAGAAGGUCACGAAGUAG